CAUAAAUCAGGAAGUGAAACUUGUAAACAUUUUUUAAGUCGCAAUUUUUUUAAUAGGAAGUUAAGCUACCUUGAGAUAUACUUUAUCGCAGAAGAAAGGUAGUUUAGCAGUAUGAAGUGCUCCAGCAGCACAAGUGGUGCUAAGGGGCAAAGCAGAUUUUGCCCGGAAUGUGGAUCAGAGAUGGUAGAGGAUGUAAAGAUUGAUACUGCGGUAAUUUGUAAUGGUAAACUUGACGGGAAGCCUUGUCAGUCAGAACUUAUACCAGGACAGAAAUUCUGUACAAGCUGUGGAACUAAAGUUGACCAGUCACUGUUCAACAUUCAAGAGGAGAGGUGUAGUAAGUGCAGCAGCCUCCUUUUCCCUGGGAAACCAUUCUGUGCUGAGUGUGGUCAAAGAAAAAAAAUACCCAGCCAACCAUCAGACUCAAUCAACACAGAAAUAGAAAGUGGAAACAGCUCACAAAACACAAUACAAAGCCAAAAAAUAUCUGACAAAGAGUCAAGAUCAACCAAGACAGAUUUGAGGUCUUCAGAGAUGCAGAAACUAGUAUUUGGAAAAGUGGUUGGCUGGGGAGUAAAUCAGAAAGAUACUUCAGUUGAAGUGACAUCUCCACAUAAAAGUAGCUUGUUUUUGGACAAAGGUAAAGCAGGUACUCAGGAAUCAGUUAGGCCAACAAAGGCAAAAUCUAAACAAAGUGUAGCCCCAGAAACUAUGGAAAAUACAAACAAUAAUCAGUCAGAAGAUGAAGAAAUGAAAGAAAAAAAUGAUAAUGAUGAAGGCUCAAGUGUUAAUCCAGGGACAUUCAAAGAAGAAGCUGAACAAAAGUAUGCCAAAGACAAAGAAAACAAGACGAUGGCAACUUUAGAUAACGAGAGAUAUUUGAGACACAUACUGUUGCUAACUGAGGGUGGAUUGCUUGUGUUAAGAGGCAUUGUAACUAGAGAAGCAGCAAGAAGCGGUCAGACCCUCGAAGAUAUGCUUAGAAUAAACAAGACAAUAUUAAAUAAAAAUUUAAUAUUGAAGGGACAUUUCGUGACAUUGUUCCCAUCUGCAUCAACAGUGAAUGCAAAUGUUCAAACCUGGGAUAUGUCCCUACUUAUAGCCGUAGUGAAGGAAUUGUUUAAGGGCAUGUCGUCUGCAGACACAUCUGCUAUUAGUAUAUUAGAAGCAUUUAGAACUCUAAUGCAUUCCGCCAGCAUGAGCGCAAAAGACUAUGAUAUAAAUCGUUUAGAAACAGCUCUUCGGCAACUAGCAUCAGGUAUAUCAAAAACAGAGAAAAAAAUCGAAGACAUUAUAAUGAGAACAGAGUUAGAGAAUAUUGAUAUUCAGUCCUCAUUGAGAAACGAUACGGAAAAUACAAUAGAUACAAAAGUGCAGGGACAGGAAGAACUAGGAAACAUUCAAGGCAAGUAGAUAUUAUUUUGAUAAUUUCGUUAGAUGUAGGUCUCAUAUAUAUCAUACAUGAAAAGUCAAACAAAACACUGAUUUCUAUAAUUGUAACUUUUCCGAUGAAAGUUGUGUUCCAAAGUGCAAGAAUAAGUUAGUGAACAAAUCUACAUCGCCUACCAUUCCCCGAGUUUUGAUUUUUAUAGCUCGGAAGUUGCGACAGAGCCAAAAAUCGUAUUUAAUCGUAUACAUCUGUUGUUUACCAGGCGUGUAUGAAU